AUGUCAACUUGUCUCCUCAGGACUGAAGUGCCGCGGCCUGACGACCACCCCAAUGCUGCGCUGGCCCGGACACUAGGCAUUCGACACGUCAGCAACGUGCAAGACAAUCUGUCAGCAAUGCAAGAUUUGCACGACCAGAAGUAUCAUGAGAUUAUGGAACUGAGAGCCGAGAUCCAGGAGAUCCACCGGAGCCUGGCGGAAGCGGAGGCCAAGUAUGCGCAGAUGGAACGGGAAAACACCAACGCACCGGAUGCUGAGGCAUCUGCUCCGCCUACAGGGCCUACCGGCAAGGCCGCCGCUACAUUGAGUUCUCCGCGGACGCCUAGACACCCGAUGAAUUUUGGCGGGAACAUGACGUCCGACUAUGUCAAUGACGGUGAGAGGAAGGCGAUGUCCAAGUAUCCCGUCGACAAGUGGACUAGUACCAAACGAGCUGCUGUGGCAAAGAAGAGGCAGCAGCGUCAACAGGCAGCCUCCACUGUACCUUUGGCGCCCAACCUGAAGGACUCCACCAUUGCUGUUGAUGAGAACAGCUUUUGGACCAAGACGACAACUUGA